CUGAGCUUCGUUACCCACAAGAUUUCCAAGGUCGAACCAAUGGAUGGGAGGCUGUUUUAACCUAUCAGUGACUUACUAGACGCCUUUGUAAUGUAUUUUUCAAGAUUAUCAUGCUUUCGAAAUUUUAUUCACACUUCAAGAAGAUUAAAGCUCCCUAUCCAAGUAAAAAUGCCGUCUCUGUCUCCAACCAUGUCCGAAGGCUCAAUCGUUAACUGGGUGAAGAAUGAAGGAGAGGAGAUAGUCGCUGGAGACGUUCUUUGCGAGGUUCAGACGGACAAAGCUGUUAUUUCGUUUGAGUCCGAGGAGGAUGGUAUACUGGCCAAAAUCUUGGCACCUGGUGGGUCAUCAAAUAUCAAAGUCGGUGAUUUAAUCGCUGUAAUCGCCACUCCAGGAGAGAAUUGGCAGGAGGUUGCUGCUUCUGCACAUUCAUUAUCUCCGCCAAAAACAGCUGGCAGUACGCCAAAUCAAGCGGAGACAAAAGCUAUAACUAAGGAAUCACAGCCAUCUCGCUCCUUAAUAGGACCUGCGGUUCGUCUCCUCCUACAGUUACACGAUAUCAAUGAGUCUCAAAUACGGCCAACGGGACCACACGGUCAGCUGCUUAAAGGAGAUGUUUUGGCUUACGUAGCUAACAAUCAAAUUAAACCUGUUGUAUCUAGUAAAAAAAAACCAGCUAGUGAUAUUUCUGCUACACAAACUGUCUCAUCGACAGCCACUUUCACAGAUAUCAUGUUAUCGGAUACAAGAAAAGUUAUUGCUCAGCGUUUGUCGGAAUCAAAAUUAUCUGUCCCACAUGGAUAUGUUCACGCGACUGCUCAUAUAAGUCGUUUAAAUGAAUUGAGAAGAGAAUUGGAAGUGAAUUCGGGUUUAAAUCUCUCCAUAAAUGAUUUCAUUAUCAAAGCUUGUGCUUUAAGCUUAAGACUUGUUCCAGAUUUAAACGCCAUUUAUGACUCGCAAUCAGAAUCUCCCAUUUAUCGAAGAUCGGUUGAUAUAAAUAUGACGGUACCAACUAGUUCAGGGUUACUUACACCGAUUUUGAAUUCAGCAGAUACACUUAUCGUUUCUGAUAUUUCCAAGUUGUCGCGACAGUUAUUUCAGAAGGCACAAGAUGGUGUACUACAACCACAUGAACUUCAAGGUGGGAGUUUCACGUAAGCGCUUGUUUAGAGCUUAAAUCGUACAUACAUAUGGUGUUUUUUGACGCUUUUUUGUAAAUUGGGAUGUGUAAGUAUUCAAAACCAUACAUGUCGACAUAUAAAGCAAUGUUUCAACCUGCAACGUAGAACUUGGUACAUACGUACAUCAAUUCAAUCUGCUGUGCCACAUAAACACAAAGAGAUCGAAUUGACAACUCAAAUCCCAUAGUGCACCAUUAGAAGUAUUGCAAAAGGUUAGAGAUCAAAGCUGUGAUUCGAAAGACAUCAUAAAGCAAUAUAAACAUAACAUAGAGCAAAUCGAGCCUUCUGUAUCCGUGUU